CUGCACUAUGGGACCAUCAUGGGCAGCAGAGCUUGUGUCAAAAUAGCAUCAGCUGCCUGGGCCAGUGGCUUUCUCAGUGCGGUGCUGCACACUGCCAACACAUUUGGAGUAACAUUCUGCCACGGCAAUGCCCUGGGCCAGUUCUUCUGUGAAGUUCCUCAGAUCCUCAAGCUCUCCUGCUCAGACUCCUACCUCAGGGAACUUGGGGUGCUUGUGCUUAGUGCCUGUUUAGGCUUGGGGUGUUUCAUCUUCAUUGUGGUGUCCUAUGUGCAGAUCUUCACUGCUGUGCUGAGGAUCCCCUCUGAGCAGGGACAGCACAAAGCCCUUUCCAUGUGCCUCCCUCACCUGGCCGUGGUCUCCCUCUUUGUCAGCACUGUCAUAUUUGCCCACCUGAAGCCCCCCUCCCUCUCCUCCCCAGCUCUGGAUCUGGUGGUGGCUGUUUUGUAUUCGGUGGUGCCUCCACUAGUGCCUCAUCCUGGCCCUCCUCCUCCCAUGGUGCACAAGGGUGAAGAGGCUGGCUCCAUCUUCUUGAUCACCUCCUGGAAGACAGUUCCCUCAGCCUGGAAGGACCAAAUGUCCAACAGCAGCUCCCUCAACCAGUUCCUCCUCCUGGCAUUCGUGGACAUCCGGGAGCUGCAGCUCUUGCACUUCUCCCUCUUCCUGGGCAUCUACCUGGCUGCCCUCCUGGACUCCUACCUCAGGGAAGCUGGGGUGCUUGUCAUUAGUGUUUGUUUAGUCUUUGGGUGUUUCAUUUUCGUUGUGCUGUCCUACGUGCAGAUCUUCACUGCUGUGCUGAGGAUCCCCUCUGAGCAGGGCCAGCACAAAGCCUUCUCCAUGUGCCUCCCUCACCUGGCCGUGGUCUCCCUGUUUGUUAUCACUGCAAUGUUUGUCUACCUGAAGCCUCCCUCCAUCUCCUCCCCAUCUCUGGAUCUGGUGGCAGCUGUCCUGUACGCAGUGGUUCCUCCAACAGUGAACCCCCUCAUCUACAGCAUGAGGAACAAGGAGCUCAAGGACACACUGAAGAAACUCAUUCAAUUAGUACUGUUUCAGCAGCAAUGA